GGCCUAUUUGCCUAUUUGGAUUUCAGACAAUAAACCCACGGAGAGGGUUAGAAGACGGCGAAAUAUCCGCAACGAGCUCGUGGAAAUGGCGACGACGGUGGUGCCGCUCGCCGCGGCCAUGGCCGCCGCUCCAAGGUCUCGCCUCCGGGGCGCCCCAGACCUCUCCCCGUUCCUCGGGAUCCGCCCGCUCCUCUGCCGCUCUCCGCGCGGCGUCGCCUGCGCCCUUCGCCGACCUUCCAAGUACAAGAAUAAAAUUAAGAACGAGGUGGUGGUAGCAGAGGAUGACAUUGAUGGCGGUGACGAGAACGACGACGACGACGAGGGUGGGUUGGAAGCGCUUUUCAAGCAGCUGGAAGAAGAUCUGAAGAACGACGAUUUGUCUGUCGAGGAUGAUGAUGAUGAUGAAAUAUCAGAGGAAGACAUGGCCAGGUUUGAACAGGUAUUGGCAGAAGCCAUUGGAGAUGUCGAUGUUGCUGAUGAAUCUGCAGUAGAUUUGGUGUCAGGCUCCGAAGUUGCUGGUAAUGAUGAGGCAGCAGAUCCAGUCGAACGGCCAGAGCUCAAAAGCUGGCAGCUCCGGAGAUUGGCUCGUGCAAUGCAAAUCGGUCGGCGUAAAACUAGUAUAAAGAAUCUUGCAGGGGAGCUUGGCCUGGAUAGGGGUUUGGUCAUUGAAUUGCUCCGCAAUCCGCCUCCAGAACUUCUACUUAUGUCUGAUUCUUUGCCUGAUGAAGCACCCUCUAAACCUGAAACUAAGGAAAUAGAGCCCUCUCCAGUAGCUGAUGAGGUUGUAGUUGAUGAGAUUGAUGCCACUGAAGCCAAUCCACAGAUGGACCUCCCGGUUCAUGUCAUGAGCACAGAAUGGUCUGCGCAGAAAAGGCUGAAAAAGGCGCAACUGGAAACACUGGAAAAAGUUUACUUCAAAUCCAAACGCCCCACUAAUACUAUGAUCAGUAGCAUAGUUCAAGUUACAAGCCUUCCACGAAAGACCAUUAUUAAGUGGUUUGAGGAUAGAAGGGAGCAAGAUGGUGUACCAGACCGUCGCGCCGCAUACAUGAGAUCCCUAUCUGAGACGGUGGCUAGUUGAUAACUUCAGAUAAGCUUGUGUUAUAGUGUUCUCUUUUAGGUCUGAACUACGUAGGAAUUUGUAAAUUCAAACUGUGAAAUGCAACCAGUUUCAUAAGGCCAACACGGCGUAUCUUUUA